AAGAAGAAGUUAGAAUAAAGUGGAAGACGGCAUUGUAGCGGAGAGUCAAUUAUUUCAUUCGUAAUUAAGCAACAAUGUCUUCAGUUGAGUGUUUGAGAGAGUUUGUCAACGAGCGACUAACUGCUGCUGCUGAAGAAAUAUUUGGAGUUUUUAUAAAAACUAUCGUCGAGUACGAAGAAGAGAUCUAUCGUCAGCGCAAACUGCUGGAUAUCGUUUGGAAACCUGAAAUAAAGUUACACAGGAUAGAUCUCCAACAGCAACAUGUCUGUGAGGAGGAAGAGGAGGAGGUUCUCACUGACCAGCAGCUCUGUAACCAGGAGAGGAGCUCCAGUCUGGACCAAGAGGACCCAGAGCCUGUACAGAUUAAAGAGGAACAGGAGGAACUCUGCACCAGUCAGGAGGGAGAGGAGCUUGUGAUGAAGGUGGAGGCUGAUACCUUUGUGGUGACUCCUACUGAUGAGGAAAGGGACCACAGUGAAGCAGAACCUGAAAGUGACCACCAGCUGCUGUUGAACAACUGUAAUGCAGCUGAGAGCCAAGAUCAGAAAGGACACAAGAAUGAAGACUCUACUAGAGAUGCAGAGUCAGAACAAAACAAUCAACAGUAUGAAAACAGAAGUCACAGUGACCUCGUCAACAACCCUAACUCGUCAGGGGCUGACAGUAAUAUUCACAAACCGUCUUUAAUAUGUAACACUUGUGGAAAGGAUUAUAAGUAUAGGUCAGUACUUCUGAGACACAUGAGCAUACACACAGAUGAGAAGCCGUACCUUUGCAAAACCUGCGGGAAAAGAUUUUGUAGAAUUCAUUCACUGAAAAUACAUCAAAGAGUUCACACAGGUGAGAAGCCGUAUAUUUGCACAACAUGUGGGAGAUCUUUUGCACAGUGUAGUACCUUGAACAUCCACAUUAGAAAUGUCCACAAUAAAGAGAAGCCGUACCUUUGCAAGAUCUGUGGGAAAAGAUUCAGUAGAGUGUCAACAUUGAAAAAGCAUCAGAGAAUCCACACAGGUGAGAAGCCGUAUAUUUGUGCAACAUGUGGGAAAGCUUUCAGACAGAGUAGUGCCUUGAACAUCCACGUUAGAAAUGUCCACAAUAAUGAGAAGCCGUGUCUUUGCAAGAUCUGUGGGAAAAGAUUUAGUAGAGUGUCAACAUUGAAAAAGCAUCAGAGAAUCCACACAGGUGAGAAGCCAUAUAUUUGUACAACAUGUGGGAAAGCUUUCAAACAGAGUAGUAACUUAAACGUCCACAUUAGACAUGUCCACAAUAAUGAGAAGCCGUGUCUUUGCAAGAUCUGUGGGAAAAGAUUCAGUAGAGUGUCAACAUUGAAAAAGCAUCAGAGAAUCCACACAGGUGAGAAGCCGUGUAUUUGUACAUGUGGGAAAGCUUUCAGACAGAGUAGUGCCUUGAACGUCCACAUUAGACGCAUCCACACCAGUGAGAGGCCGUAUGCCUGCAACGUGUGAGAAAAGAUUAAUUGCUCUGACACAAUUGAAAAAACAUACUGUGCCACGGUUCGUGGUCAGAACUGAAGAACUCACUGACUGUUUUUGUAUGACCAUAUGUGUAUAUGGUCAUAUAUUAUGUAUAUAAAUGUUCCUUAUUUUUGCUGUUUUAUACUGUACACUGUUUCACUGUGCCUGAUUUAUAGCUGAAUUAGCAAAUUGAAUUAUCAAAUUUUAUGAAAUGUUUUUUAUACAUAAUAUGUAUACUUGUAUAUAUACACACACAGACAUACUGAAAUACAUGUUUACAAAGUCUAAAUGUUGUGUACUUUUUGGAGUACUGCUAAUAUACAGCUCUGUGAUCAACACUACUUGCUAAAGUUCUGAAGUUUCACGAUACAGAAAGAAUCGAUUAAACAAAAUUAUAUUUAAAUUGGGUCAGAGAGUUAUAUAAUAAACAAUCAUCUUUACUUCAUUCACUUGUCUCUUCUUAUUGAAACAGAUGUAUUCAUUAAAAACUUGUUGGUCACUG